AGACUUUAAUUUCUCUUACUUUUUGUUUAUUUGUUUCGAUUUCAAUUGUUUAGUCUACAAUUAUUACUUUUUCGAAUGAAAUGGGUCAUUAAAUGUUAUUUGUGGUCUUAGUAUUGGAAUUAUAUACUGUAUGAAUGAAUUUUGAGGGUUUUUUAAAAAACUUUUUACUUGGUGAAUACAUGUAUUAGAAUGGCUUCGACUCCAGAACUAUAUGAUAUACUUGCUGAACGUUUAGUUGGAGGAGUAGUUUUUGUUUCUGUGCUAAUGAUAACUGGAUUAAUCGGAAACUUGCACGUUCUUCUCGUGUAUAUGUUUCGUAUGAAGUCUUCGAACCAUAGAAUAUUUAUACUUUUUCUUGGCGUCCUGGACUUCCUGGCGUCCUGCCUCGCUAUGCCGUUUACUGUGAUCACCCUCAGACAACCAGAGACUUUUACAAAGACACCAACAUGUAAAUUAUAUUGGUUCGUCAACUAUUUCCUGUGCUCUGCAUCCGGUCUGGCAUUGCUGGCAAUAGCGAUUGAAAGAUACAGAAAGAUCUGUGUUCCCCUGGGAUGGCAGCUAACACGCCGAGUAGCUACCUUGUCCUGUGUUAUCAUCCUUCUUGUCACCACAGCGACCUCUUGGCCUGUACUCAUCUUGGUGGGAACAACAACGGUUCCAACAGCUACACCGCGGAUCACAGAUUCAAUCUGCGCCACUGAGAACAAGGAGAAUUACAGCGCAUACCAGAUAUACUAUCAUAUAGUCCUGUCUCUGAUGGUAUGCCCUUGCUUUGUAGCACUUGUCGUCAUGUACACAUUGAUAUGGAGAGUUGUUAGAAAGUACAACGCAUUGAAACAAAACAGGUACAAGUUUAUCGUCUCUGAGGCAUCGACAGAAUCUGAUCGUAAAACGUCAAUUAAAAACAGUAAAGAAAUCAUACUGGCUGAUUCACAAGAGCAGAAUUUCAACUUUGAAAGACAGAGCAGCAGAAAGUUGCGAACAACGGACCAAAACACGGAAAGUAAUGAUCGUAAAAAGCUUGACAGAGCAAAGAAAACGACCAUUGCUUUCAUCCUGAUCACAGUAAUAUUUUUCAUCAGCUAUAUGCCAUACUUGAUUCUUACCAUUCUGAUAUAUUCCAAAAGCAUCACCAAUCAGACGCCCUCAGAAGUCGUGUUUGUUAACAUUAUACGUUACACACCGUAUAUCAACAACAUGGCCAAUGUCUUUAUCUAUGGCUGCUUUGAUGUAAAAUUUCGACGUGAAGUCGAAAAGUUUUAUAAAAACACAGGAUGCUGGAAAUGGUUCAGAGAGUUAAGACUACAGUAAAUCCAACUUCCAUUGUACUUAUUACAUCUGUACAAAUAGUAAUUAAGUUUAUACCGAUUAAUUUUAGCCCGAUUGUGGUUAAAGAUUAUUUGAACCAUAUUUGAGUCCGCUUCCUGGAAAAAAAACCGGUACUGGUGUCAUAUGAGAAGUCAUGAUCGUGAAGCCAGUUGGGCUCGAACCCAUGACCCCGGGUUGAGCGGCCGACGCCUUAACCACUAAACCACCACUCCAUAGUAUUUGAGCCAGUCAUCAUGCUUGUCAGGAUACGUGUUAUAUGACCCUAGGAAGUGCCUACGCCAUUAGUAUCUUGGGCAAUGAAAUGGGUCCAAUCGCUAAGGUGACUAUGUCUUAGACUAGCUGACAAACGUAAUAGAAUGUCCUUUGUUAAAACGUAUAGCUGGUGAGACCAAAUGUCUCUUAUAUUAAAUUUUCCUCUGGCUACCUUGCCUAAAUAAUUCGUGUACCAAUGAUUCGAAAUUGAUUUCAGUUAUGAGCUAGAUAAUUUCAGGGAUCAGGCAAAAAUCAUUCAAUGUUUCAACUAUCAACCUUCAACUCAAAAUCAGCAGCGUAAACUCCUAUAGGCUGAAGAUACUAUAUUUGACUGGUCUUUGUGUCGAAGUUCCCGUCAGACAAUGUCUUUAACAACAACGUACGAGUCCUAUCGCAUAGAUGCUCAGCCUAUAUUCUCUUAAUUAAAGCUAUAGCUCAGUAAGAUUGCCCUGACUCCUGGAUGCUCAGCGCCUAUACGCUAUCACUUAUAGCAUUCAACUACCAUAUAGGUAUAACCUUGAUGCCUUGGCUGUACUUCGCCAAUAACGCUGAACCACGUCUAUAAGCUGGAACUCUCCUACCUUCUCAGUAGACCACUAACACCUAUGUCUCUGCCUCAGCUUUCCGAUGCUCAGCGUCUAUAGCAUUCAUCGACCCUUAAGGAUAACAUGGUGUAAUAGCCAUAUUUCAUAUCUUGUAACUGGAUGGUAAUAUUUAAAUGAAAUUUGGUCACUUUAAAGACAUUCAUAAUUAAAAAUAUUUCACCAAGGUAUUUUUCAAAAAUUUUAUCAUUUUUUGGGGAGAUAAUCGGUAUUGAAGUUAACAUUGAUGUCUAUGGGAAAUAUAUAAUUUCUUUGAUUAUUAGAAUCUGAACUUGAGUUUCGAGAAAAUUUUGCGGUAGAAAGCUGCAUUAUAUGAUUCUGAUACAAAUAUCAAAAAGAAAUUUAAAAUUCCCCGUAAGGAAAAGUUCUGGUUUUCAGAGGAGAUAACUCAUGAAAAAACAAAAUUAUCAGGGGAGGUAAUCUAAAGGAAAUUUUAGAGAACUUCUGUCACUAUAUAACUUGUCAAUAUGCACCUUAUUUCUAUUGUUAGACAUUCUUAAAGCUUACAUUAUCAAGUUGUAUGUACGCUUUUGGUGAAAUUGAGGCCCAUUACACCAUGUUAUCCUUAAGGUAAAACACCUAUGCGCAGGCCCUAUAGCUCGAAACCUUGUUGAAAUUAUGCAACUCUUCUUUAGUCUAUGAACUUCAAACGUUGUCUUUUUAAUAAUUUAUCCGCCCUGAGAGUAUAGUUGCAAUAACUUCCUCAUCAAGGUACUGGGAUAAAUUAUUAGUAAAAUCCUCGAUGUGUCUUCUUCGAUCGCUGGAUACCGAAUGAUCUCUGUCAUUCAUCUACCUAUUUAUACCUUAGCAGACGCGAGCUUUGAUUGGUGCUAUUUAUAGAACGUGUUCUGAUUGGUCCAAAUUUAUACAUAGUAUUUUUCAACGAGUACUUGCUCUACUAACAAAUAUCUGGUUCCCUUUAACUGUUGUAUAUGACAUAGUGUGUGAUGCUGGGAUCCAGCUAUCAACAUAAUGAAGCCAAAUCAGUCACAAAUGACCCAAGUCCUAUUAUAAACAGCAAUUCAACAAUAAUUAUAGCAAAGGCACCAUGAAAAGGGAGUCAAGCACUAUCUGUGCUUAUGUGUUACGUUAUCAAAAUAUCAGAUAUACAAAUUAUUCUGACAAUGCUAUGUUGAAAAAGGUUUAGAGUAUAAGAAAUUGCAAGUUUGAACUUUUUAUAAGAACAAUCCUAAGCUGAGAAAUUUGCACUUACUACAUUACAUAUUGUAUAUGACAAAGACAAAACAAACUGUGAUUCAAAAUUUUGAUUGCGAAGAAAUCGUCACCGGGAACGAUCUGGUAGUCUAAAGUACUAGUAUUAACAGUGAAGUACGUGUGUAGAAAUAUAACUUCUUUAUUUGAAUGCUGAUUUCAUAUGUAUAAUGAAUAAACAAAUACAGCAUAAAUUAUUUUUUUUACAGAAAUAUGUUUCAUUGGCUUUACAUUUCAUUUCCUUAAGCUAUAUGUGGAAUACAAAAUUACUUAGA